GGAAUGAUGAAAAGUAUAGAUAAAAGGAUGAGGAAAAAAGUGAUGCGGAGCAAUUGUGAUAGUCCGAUGAGACCAUCUGUCCUAACAUCAUCAUCGCCAUCAAUAGUGAUCAUAUACAGAAAGAGAGAGAGAGAGAGAGACAACAAUCAAUCCGAAUUAUUUGAUUGUUAUAAUUGUAUCACCACAAUUGUAUCAUCAUCGUGAACAACAAUCAAAAUAGUAACAAUAUAAAGUUAAAGUGUCAAUUAUUUGAAAGUUUUUGUGAAACAAGUGGCAACCGUUUAUUGGCAUAUAAACAAUCACAACAACAGUGAUUAACAAUCAACAAUUACAUUGGCUAAUCAAAAUAAGGAAUAAAAAAAUAUAUAUCAUUUGGUAAAUUAAAGAUGAUGAAUACUAAUUAUUUCAUUAUUAACUCAUGGUCUCGAAGAUGAAGCAACAACAAGAUUCAACUUCGUCACCAAUUUCAACAUCUCCAUCAUUACAAUCAGCAUCUUCUCUUGCAUCACUGCCACCGCCAUCGUCAUCAUCAUCAUCACCAGCAUCCAUCAUUAAGGCUACUUCAUUGAAUAAUCUUCUAAUGGAAGGUCUUGUUCAAAGUGGACAUCAUAAUCAUCACCAUCAUCACCUUAAUCAUCAUUUAAUUUCACCUUCUUCAAGUGAGAUCCCAUCACCUCCAAUCAUGAUUCCAAGUCACCAUCACCAUCAUCAUCAUCCUUUGCACCAUUCCCAUGGUUCAUCAUCUGGACUUCAUCAUCUCUCUCAUCAUCAUCAUCACCAUUUAAAUAUAAUUAAUUCGCAUCAUCAUUCAACACAAUUAAUUCUAAAUAACAUAGUUAAUUCAUCUUCAUCCUCAUCUUCACCUCCCUCAGCGGGUAAUCCUAAUUCCAAUAACGAACCAAUAUCAUGUCCAUCACCUCCAUCAACAACUGACGGUGAUUCGUUAAUUGAACCAGUUAAUUCUGGCGAUGAAUCAAACUCCGAACGUAAAUUAAUUGAUUUCAAUUGUUCACCAAAUUCACCUCAAGUAAAUACAUCAAGUGGACCUUUAUUAUCGUUAACUAAUUAUCAAAAAUUACACAAUACCAAUAAUGCUAAUAGUGGUUUAAGUGGCCACCAUAUAAUUCACAAUAAUAGCUCAUCAAAUAAUCAAUCAACAACCAAUGGAUCUCCAAAUAAUUUAUCAAUUGGAAUCCCUAAUGGUGAGAUUAGUGUUAAAUCAUCUUCUUCCUCAUCAUAUCACCAUCACCAUAAUCCUCAACAUCCCUUUCUCAAUGGUAAAAGAUGUUCACCUCCUUCACCUGUAAUCGAUUGUGAAAACAACUACGAAGGUACAACGGCCACAAUUAAACACGAAAACGGAUGUGGUAAUAAUCUACCUGUUGUCACCAAGAAGAUGAGACAAGCAAAGACAGUAAGCAAUUCUUUUGCUGCUAAUGCUAAUUCUAUGCUUUUGGAAUCAGGAGGAUCAAUGAAGGUUCGAUUGAGUAUAAAUGCUCGAGAAAGGCGACGAAUGCACGAUCUGAACGAUGCUCUUGAUGAACUUCGAUCUGUUAUUCCAUAUGCUCAUUCCCCUUCCGUUAGAAAACUGUCCAAAAUAGCGACUCUCUUGUUGGCCAAAAAUUAUAUUCUAAUGCAGGCAAAUGCUUUGGAGGAGCUUCGAAGGAUAAUUUCCUACAUGAACCAAUCGGGAAUCCCUUUGCCCGCUGGAAUGGCCGCUGCUUGUGCCGCUGCAGCUUCAAUACCAUCGUUAACUAAUCAAUUUAACGGUGAACAACAAUCUUCAUCAUCAAUAAGUCUAAUUAAUCAAAAUCAUCGUCGUUCAUCAUCACCGCCUCUUUGUGAAUCAAUUCCAACAACACCAACAUUAAGUGGUACAAAUUCAACAACUGAUCUUAACAACAAUCUAAUCAACAAUCCUAAUAACGGAAUCUCUCAAUCUGAUUCACCAUUGGUUCCAAUCACUGGACUAAUUGACCGAUCAGUAACCGAUAAAUUAGUUCCAGUGAGACCGAUUAAUUGUUCACAAAGGAAUGAUAAAUAAUUAAUCCACAAUUCCCAAAACACCAACUCCAAAAACCCACAAUUAGAAUUGAUAAUCAACAUGAAAGAAAAAAAAGAGAAAGAGAUUAAUAAGUUAAUCUUAUAACUAACGUCACAGAUUAAAUUGUUAAUCAACAUCUCUAUUAAAAGGUAAACAAAUAAAUUAACAAUCAGUCUGAUUCCCUCAUAAUUUAAAAUCCACAAUCAAUAGAAUCACUAAGAAUCAUUUUCCUAUCACAAUUUAACAAGAAAAAAACAACCACUUUUACGAAAAGUCAUGGUGGUUAUUCAUCAUCAAGAAAAAAAAGAGAAUCAACAAAAUCAAGUAACCAAAUUGCCAACAAUCAAUUAUAAUCGAUAAUGUUUUUCCCAUUAAAUAAACAUAAGCUCCAAUCAAUUAUCAACAAGCAACCAAAUCCCAUGUAAUGAUAAUCAAGUAAAUCACCAUCACCUCCUCUUUACAAUUAUAAACUCGAGCAAAAAGUUUCCACCCCACUCCGACUUUCACCACCUCCAGUGAUCAUUAUGAUUCCCACAAUUAAGACUGUGAUUAUGAUUUUUUACUUGUAUUCCUACAUUGAGAGUUUUUUUUUCUGCUUUUUCUUGUUCACUUUGAUUCUCUUUUAAUUAGGUUAAUUGUGUCACCGAUGAACGCGCGCGUGUGUGUUGUAUGCAACAUACGUGUUAAAAUAUCGGCGCGUGUUGUAAAGUCAAAACCUGCUCUCUUUCAAUAAUAAUCAUCUCCAUGUCCAUUUACAGUUUUCUUACCAUAACAAUUUAAUCACAUUUAAAGCUCAUCUCAAUUUCCACUCUAUUGUCACCCUACCUGGUUAAAUCAUCGACAUCAUUUCCACAUCCUCUUCCUGAUUAUC